AUGUCCUCGAUCUCUAUCGGUCCAGACGACCGCCCGCAGUUCACACGCUUUAUCGAGAAUCAGUUCAAGACUACACUCAAGCCUCCGCCGAAGGACCUGACUUUCAAUGAGCAAACAGCAGUCAUUACUGGUAGUAAUGUUGGCAUCGGGCUCGAAUGUGCUCGGGUGAUGCUUGAACAUCAUAUCUCAUUCCUGAUCCUAGCCGUACGGAGUAAGGAGAAAGGCGAGACAGCCGCCAGACAAAUGCGCCAGAAGCAUGCUGGCGUCAAGAUAGAAGUUUGGCCGCUGGACAUGUUGGACUACGAUUCCUGUCGUGCCUUUGCAAAGCGUUGCAAUGAGCUACCUCGCCUGGAUAUCGCAAUCCUGAACGCUGGACUUGCAAAGACGGCCUGGAACAUUAAUGAUUCGACUGGUCACGAGGAAGUGUUUCAAGUCAACUAUCUCUCCACAGCGCUCCUCAGCUUGCUCCUGCUCCCAGUGCUAAAACAGACAGCAUUGAUACGAGAGCAGCCAAGCCGGCUAACAAUCGUAUCUUCGUUCCUGGGAUGUGUAGCCGCAUUCAAGAACCGCGAUAGUGUACCACUUUUGACCUCCUUCGAUCAGCUUGAUGGCAAGUUCGGCAUUGCAGAAAACCAAGAGCGCUAUGCGGUCAGCAAGACACUUUCGCUCAUGCUCACAUCUAAGCUAGGCGAAGUGAUUGAUCCGGCGGAAGUGAUCGUCAACGCAGUCGAGCCUGGCUAUACCAAAGGAACAGGGCUGCAGAGAGAAGUCAAGGGUGUGGUCUUCCACGUAAUACUUCGGCUUCUGGGACUUGCAGCUCGCAGCCCACAGCAAGCUGCGUGGACCUACAUCGAUGCGGUUGGCGUGCAAGGCAAGGAGAGCCAUGGCAGUUUCCUCAUGAACUUCAGGAAUAUGUCCUACCCGUCGAUGAUGUACGAGCAGGAGGGCAGGCAGGUCGUUGAAAGGCUUUGGGAAGAGACUUUAGACGAGCUGGACUUCGCGAAUGUCAAGGCAGUGGUGGGCGGGCCGGACAAGAAUAAGAGCUGA